AAAAUGUCUCUGAGGAACUAUUUCCUAGUUGGUUUUGUGCUUUGCGGGGCUCUUGCCGCAGAAAUACCAAAGAGCGAUGACAUUAAGGAAGAAUCGGGGGGGGGGCGCGGCCGGACGCGUCGUGGGUGGGACAGAUGCACCAGAUGGGGCUUUGCCAUACCAAGUUUCUGUACAGAAUCAAAAUAACUUCUCCUUCUGUGGUGGUGCAAUCAUUGCUGACAUAUGGAUCCUUACUGCAGCACAUUGCUUCAAAAAUAAGAAGGCAGAAGACUUGAGCAUUUUGGCUGGUACAAACAGCAAAACGUCUGGAGGUACCAGAUACAAAAUUGACAAAAUUGUAAACCAUGAAAAAUAUACCGAUGCACCGAAUGUAAAUGAUAUUGCUCUAUUAAGAACCAAAGAGAAGAUUAAAUUUACAGAAAAAGUCAAACCCAUCGAAAUAGCCACGGAAGACCCCAAAGUAGGGGACAAGUGUAAAGUGUCCGGAUGGGGAUUCACCACUAAAAGUCGAACUAACAGUCCCGACAAAUUGCAAUGGUUGGACGUAAAAAUUAUAUCGAAUAAAGACUGUGAAACCGAUUAUUUACGAAACUUUAAAAAAUUUUAUCCUGUUACGAAAACCCACAUCUGUACAUACAACAAGGGAGGCGAAGGUUUCUGCCAAGGUGAUUCUGGUGGAACUUUGGCCUGCAACGACAAAUCUUCUGGUAUCGUCUCAUGGAACAUUCCGUGCGCUCAAGAGGAACCUGAUGUCUACACCAGAACCAGCAGCUACUUCACUUGGAUUACGGACACAAUGAAAGCUAAUAAGCCUUAAUAAUGUCCCAACAGUUCAUGUUAAACAACCACUUCUAACACUUAUUAAAUAGAUGCAAGGCAA